AUGGAGAAACUCAUACCAUUAAUAAACAAGCUUUAGGAAGUGUUUUCACGGACCAAAGUAUAGUUUUCAGUGAACUUGCCUUAGAUUGUAGUAGUAGGCGGCUAAUCAUCAGGAAAGAGUAGUGUUUUGGAAAGUAUUGUUGGAUUAGAUUUCCUACCUCGAGGAACAAACAUAGUUACAAGAAGACCGAUCAUCAUAUAACUAACUCAUACUCCUUACGCAGAUAAAGCCUGGGCUGAAUUUACACAUAGACCGAAUGAAAAGUACUUUGAUUUCUCAAAAGUUAAAGAAGAAAUUGAUAUGGACACGAAUAAACUUUGUGGUACAAAUAAAGACAUCUCUCCUACUCCGAUUUUACUUAAAAUCUAUUCAAGAAGCGUAGUAGACUUGACACUUGUUGAUUUGCCAGGAAUUACAAAAAUUCCUACUGGAGAUCAACCUCACGACAUAGAGCUUAGAAUUGCUGAUUUGAUAAAUAAGUUUAUUACACCCAAAACAGCAAUCAUUAUGGCAGUUUGUGCUGCAAAUGUGGAUCUGGCUAAUUCUGAUGCAUUGAAGAUGGCGAGAAGAGUUGAUCCAUUAGGUGAAAGAACAAUUGGAGUAAUUACUAAAAUCGACUUAAUGGAUGAAGGAACUAAUGCACUCGAUCUAUUAUCUGGAAAGGUAUAUCCAUUGAAGCUUGGCUAUGUUGGUGUUGUCUGUAGAUCUUAGAAGGACAUUUUAAAUUAAAAAACCAUCGAAGAUGCUUUAAAGAGUGAAGAAAAAUUUUUCAAAACAAGCUCAGUAUACUACCCUUAUUCAUCCAGAUUAGGAGUUAAUUAUCUUGCUCACAAUCUAAACAUGAUAAUAGUCAGCCAUAUUAAGAAGAACUUACCAGAAAUAAGGUCAUAAAUUACUUGCUUGCUUUUCUAAAAAGAUAAAGAGCUGAGAGCACUAUAACUGUUUAAAGAUGACAGCUCCAAUGAAAGUUAACUAAUUCUUAAUGUUAUUGCGAAGUUUGCAGCUCAAUACUCAGAGUUUAUUGAAGGAAAAUUCGUAAAAGAAACUGCAAGUGAAUUGAUGGGAGGUAGCAGACUUAGUUAUAUCUUUUAUGAAGUUUAUAAUAAAAUUCUGAAUGAUAUCGAUCCAUUUGAUGCACUAACAGAUGAAGACUUAAAAACAGCUAUUAGAAAUGCAAGCUCACUUAGACCAAAUUUGUUUGUUCCUGAAAUGGCAUUUGAAGUACUUUCAAAGCAAUAGAUUUUAAGAUUAGAAUCUCCCUCUCUUUAGUGCGUCUAAUUAGUAUAUGAAGAGUUGAGAAGAAUUGUAACUGAAGUUGACAUGCCUGAGUUCUCAAGGUUCUAAAAUUUAAGAAAGAAAAUCAUAGAAAUUAUGUACUAACUUUUGACUAAAUCGUUGGUCCCUUGCAAUCAAAUGGUAAAAAACUUGAUUUUAAUCGAAGACAGCUACAUUAAUACUUACCAUCCGGACUUUAUGGGAGGAGCUACCGCAAUCUUUAAUGUUUUCGAUCCAAAUGCUUAUGCAGCAUAAUAAGCAAAAUUAGAAAAAUUCUAGGAGGAAAGAUAAUUAUCUUUUGAAGAAGUAAAUGAUGAAGAUUCUUCGAAAUCAAGUUCAAAAAAGAAAUAGCAAUAACAACAAUAAAAACAGACUUCUGGCGGAUUAUUUAGCAGUUGGUUUGGUGGGAAUCCAUCAAGAGUUGAUUCUGAUGAGGAGGAUAAGGAUGAGAAUAAUCUUAAGGAACUUGAAUAUGCUAAGUAUAGAAAUGACCAAGAUUUUGAAAUUAAUAAAUAUAUGCAGAAGAAUAUUAAGCCAGUUCAUCUACCUAACAUGCCUAGUUCAAUUAGAGCUACUAAAGAGGAGAUGAGCUAAAACUCUCCAAGAUCUCAAAUGGAGAUUCAUAUUAUUAAAAAUCUAAUAACAUCUUACUUCAAUAUAGUAAGGAAGAAUCUAAAUGAUCUUGUACCUAAGACUGUCAUAGCUAUGCUUGUAAAUAAAACUAAAAAUUAGACCCAAAGAGAGUUAGUAUAACAAAUAUAUAAUGGCCAAGUUGACCUUAAGGAGCUUUUAGUUGAGGAUUUAGGUACUGUUAAGAAAAGAGAGGCAUGUGCUGAAAUGGUUAAAAGUCUAAAAUAAGGUUUGGAAUACUUGAAUGAAGUUAGAGAUUUCUAUUUUGAUGAAGAGCCAAUCAAGCUUAUUUGA